UUUGGAAGAGGCCAUGUUUACUGGUAUAUUCAUUCCGAGUACAGCUGGUGUAAAGUGGCACCACACAACAAUCGGAAAAUUUAGUUAUUUCAUAAUACGGUCACAGGAAAAACCAUAUCAUGUCGGGAGACGAUUUUCAGACACGCUACGCCACCGUAAUGCAUAGCAUGCUCAAGAGUGCAGUGGCGGAGACGACGAAACUUUUCGAAACUAUGGUCGACGAGCUCAAGGCUGAAAUAUCCCGAAUCAAGAAGGAGAACGAGGAUCUUAAAACCAAAUGCAACGAGUUUGAAAACGCGAAAAAUCCGAAGACUUCUGAUGAGAAAGAAAGUGAACCUGAGCAAGGGCCAAGCAACGCCCGAGACAAAUGCGAUCACGGCGUUCAGUGUGACCUCGUUCCUAUGCGGUCAGUGCUCAUGGAGCAAUUCAGUAGGCCCCACCAAUCCAGAAACUCAACAAUACAAAAGCAAGUGCAACAAGUGGACGACACGAUGAAUGUGGGUCUGCAGAAGGAGCAACGCAGUGAGACUCAUGGGAAGGGAAAAACGUCAAAGGCAUUUGUUCUUCUCAAACAGGAGCAGGGAUCUAAUCAUGACAACUCUGUUCCUCGGUAUAUCCUGCUGAAGCAGGAGGAUGAAGUUACAACUGUAGCCCACAGACAUGCCAUCCAUGAAAUUCCAGAUUUACAAGGGGCCUUCAUUGAUCACAACACCCCAGAAGAACAUCCUGUUAACCAUCCAUCUUCAGUGAUGGAAUUUGGGUUAAACUGUGAAAGAGGAGGCCAGAGCCAAACACCUGAGCCAGAGCAGCCACCAGUUGUCACAUGCCCUGCAACGGAGGACAAUGUGGAAGAACAGUGUGAGGUUGCAAAACAGAUUUUAAAGACAUUUACAACCUCUGCAACACAAGUAGAACUCCCUAAACUUGAUGAAAAUCAACCAUUGUUUAAUGCUGAGCACCAGUUAAUGGUUCAACAUCUAGAAAAAGAGCAAGCAUCAGUUGUCAACAAGCAGCUUCACAGAGAGAAUGAACGUUUGGUAAAUGAAGAAACUCUCACUAUGCAAACAUAUGUGGAUGUUCCCUCAACAACAAAACUGUCAGAGGCAGCAGAACUUACAAAAGAAACAUCCUUUCAAGAAGUGGAAGUUGGCCUAGCAGAGGUUGAGAUCAGUUCCCAGCCGGCUCCAUCAACGUCCCGUAGAAGAGGACGGCCACCAAAAAAAUUCUGUAAAUAUUGGCCUCAAGAUAAAAUGACUCGGCUUUCAUCAAGUGAUGUUCCCAAACUCCAGAAAGUAAUUCCUCUUUCAUCAAGUUGGAAGGAAAAUGAUCACCCCUUUCUGUCUGUGCCAUCUUCACUGCCUAAAAGAGGACGCCCACCAAAGAAACAUGGAGGAUCUGAACUGCCAGUGCAAGAUUCAGUUCCACCUCCAUCUAAUAAAUUGCCAUGUGUGAGGAUAGCAAUAAGCACACCUUCAAUGGAGGUGAAAGACAUUGAGUUCAGUCCCCAACCAUGUGCAGCAGUAUUCCCAAGAGAUGGAAAUUUUAAAGAUGAACUGCCAGUGAAGGUGAAGGAAGGGGUACUUCAGUCGCCAUCCAUUCAAACUUCUUCAGCAACAGAGACGGUCAAAGCUCUAUCAGCUGACUCAACAAGAACACCACCAGACCCCACCUGCAUCACCAAUACCACAGGUUCCUAUUGUAAACAACCAAACAACUAUCAGCUUACUAACAGGAGAGCAAACUGCAACUCCCCUGUCAUCAGCACAGCAACUCCCUGUCGCUACUCAAACUACAGUUGA